AUGAGCGACGACACACAUUUCCGCCCCAUUGGCGAGCAAGUGCACGAUGCCACGCAGGAGGCGCGCCCUGUGCAUGAGAUCGAGUCUCUGUGCAUGGAGUGCCACAAGCAGGGCAUCACGCGACUUUUGCCGACGUACAUUCCGUACUUUCGCGAGGUGAUUGUGAUGAGCUUUUCGUGCCCGCAUUGUGGCAACCGGAACAGCGAAGUGCAGAUGGCGGGAGAGAUCCAGCCGAAGGGCUGCAUCUACACGGUGCAUGUGACGACCAAGCAGGACAUGAACCGACAGAUUGUGAAGAGCGAGUUUUGCUCGGUCACCGUCCCUGAGCUCCAGCUGCAGAUUCCUGCGCGCCGCGGCCAGAUCACGACGAUCGAGGGCAUCCUGCAAGACACGGUGCGUGAUCUCGAGAUGGGCCAGCCGGUGCGCAAGCACAUGCAGCCGGACGUGUACGAGAAGAUUGAGGCGCUCUGUGAGCGCAUCCGCGGCCUUCUCGGCGAGGAGACCGACGCGAGCCAUCCCGUCCAGCCCUUCAAGGUCGUGCUGGACGAUCCAUCGGGCAACAGCUUUGUCGAGUACACGGGCUCGAUCGAGAGCAGCGGAGGCGCCGAUGCGAAAUGGAGCAAGCGUGACUAUCCGCGCACCAAGGAGCAGAACGUGGCGCUGGGCCUGAUGGGUGACGCUGCUGCCGAGAAUGGCGGCGGCUUCAGCAAAGACGAGGGCGAGACGGAGUUUGAGAACGAGGAGAUUUACUCGUUCCCGGGCACCUGCUCCAGCUGCAACGCGCCUGUGUCGACCAACAUGAAGAAGGUCAACAUCCCGUACUUCAAGGACAUCCUGAUCAUGUCGACGUCGUGUGAUCACUGCGGCUACCGCGACAACGAAGUCAAGUCUGGCUCGGCGAUCAGUGCGCACGGCCGGAAGCUCACGCUGCAUGUGCAGGACAGCGAAGACCUCUCGCGGGAUAUUCUCAAGUCGGAGAGUGCCGGUCUCUCGAUCCCUGAGAUCGACCUGUACCUCGCGCCCGGCACGCUGGGUGGCCGCUUCACGACGCUCGAGGGUCUGCUGCAGAACGUGUACGAUGAGCUGUAUGAAAAAGUGCUGAUGCGCGGCGACUCGGCGGCGAAAGACGACGUCAACAAGUUUGAGAGCUUCCUGGGCAAACUGAAGCGCGCGAUUAGUGCCGAGGCGUGUCCGUACACCGUCAUCCUGGACGACCCACUCGCCAACAGCUACAUCCAGAACCCGUACGCACCGGACCCCGAUGAGCAGCUCGAGUCAGAAACGUACGAGCGGUCGUGGGAGCAGAACGAGGUGCUCGGCCUCAACGACAUGAAAAUCGAGAACUACGAGGAGGCUACGCCCGCAUCCAAGAAGCCUCGCACGGACGAGCAUCCCAGCACGUAG